CACAUUCAUCCAUCUCUUCCUCUCUUUUACCUCUCUUAUUCUCUAUUGUUGAUCACCAAUGGCUUUCUCUAAGAUGUCCCUUCUGGUCUUCCUUGUGCCUCUCUUUCUGGGCUCUUCUCUGGCUCACGAGUUUUCGAUCGUGGGUUAUUCGCCUGAGGACCUGACUUGCAUGGACAAGUUCAUCAUGCUCUUCGAAUCGUGGAUAUCGAAACAUAGCAAGAUUUACCAAACCAUGGAAGAGAAGCUGCAUAGGUUUGAGAUAUUCAGAGACAAUGUGAAGCACAUUGAUGAAAGGAACAAGAACCUUGAUGUUGAUAGCUACUGGCUUGGGGUGAAUGAGUUUGCAGACCUGAGCCAUGAAGAGUUCAAGAGCAAGUACUUGGGGCUAAAACCCGAAUCCACAAGAAGGAGAGAGUCCACCGGAGACUUCAGUUAUAGAGAUUUUGAUGUCGAAGCAUUGCCCAAAUCCGUGGACUGGAGAAAGAAAGGAGCUGUAACUCCUGUCAAGAACCAAGGUUCAUGUGGUAGCUGUUGGGCAUUUUCUACUGUUGCUGCUGUUGAGGGCAUAAACCAGAUUGUCACAGGAAACCUAACUUCCCUGUCUGAACAGCAACUGAUAGAUUGUGAUAGAUCAUUCAACAAUGGCUGCAAUGGGGGCUUGAUGGAUUAUGCAUUUCAGUUUAUAAUGUCCAGUGGUGGGCUUAACAAGGAAGAUGAUUACCCAUAUCUUAUGGAGGAAGGCAAUUGUGAGAAAAAGAAGGGAGCUUCAGAGGUGGUGACUAUAAACGGUUAUCAAGACGUGCCUGAAAAUAACGAAGAAGCUCUCCUUAAGGCACUGGCUAAUCAGCCUCUUAGCAUAGCUAUUGACGCCUCUGGCAGAGAUUUCCAGUUCUAUAGUGGGGGAGUCUUCAACGGGCGUUGCGGGACUGAGCUUGAUCAUGGUGUAGCAGCCGUUGGAUAUGGUUCUCAAAAGGGGUUAGAUUACAUCAUUGUGAGGAACUCAUGGGGACCAAAGUGGGGUGAGAAGGGCUACGUAAGGAUGAAGAGGAACACAGGAAAGCCAGAAGGACUCUGUGGCAUCAACAAGAUGGCUUCAUAUCCCACCAAAAAGAAAUGAUCUAUUAACAUGCAUCUCCUUUGGUAAACAAAACCUUUGUUUUUUCUUUUUUCUUCGGUGUUGUACUUCCACAAAUGAUGGAUUUUAUUUGUGUACCAUUACCCUUCAAGUUUAUUAAUAAAAUUGCUAAGAAAGUUAUGACAAAAA